AUGGAGAAACGUGCACACAUGGAUGGAGAUGUAAUGAUCGCUGGGUUUUUCCCCCUCUACGCUUUGGAAAUGGAUCAUGGUAACAAUGAAGCUUCCAGACAAGAUGCGCAAGCACCGAUCUUCAAGGAUUACCAAUUUGUUCUGGCUUUGGCUUUUGCUAUUGAUGAAAUCAACAAAAACCCUUUUCUCUUACACAACUUGACUCUGGGAUUUGAUAUUCAUGAUGUUCAAUUCAGAGGUUGGAAAAUAUUUAAGAAUCCCUUCAUUUGGCUCUUUGGGAAGUACAAGAUUCCAAACUACUCCUGUAUGAGAGACAGCAGGUCUGUAGCAGCAAUUACAGGACCAUCAGCCAUAACAUCUGACAAUAUUGGGACACUGCUGGGACUAUACAGUUUUCCACAGUUUACCAUUGGGUCAUUUGAUAAUGCCCUGAAUGACCACAGUAAGUUUCCUGCUCUCUAUCAGAUGGCCUCAAAGGACACGUCAAUAGCCGCUGCCAUGGUCUCACUACUGCUUCACUUCAGCUGGAGCUGGGUGGGACUGUUGACCUCAAAAGAUGAGAAUGGUUCAUGGAUUCUUGCUGAAGUAAAAGAAGAAAUGGUCAAGAACAAAAUUUGUGUAGCCUAUGAGCUAGUGAUCUCAAGCCAAGAUUUGUCACAUUUAUUCAAUGUCAUGGGAAUAUAUAACAAGAUAAAUAAAUCUACAGCAAGUGUCCUCAUCAUAUAUGGUGACAAUGAUUCAUUAAAAGUUUUAAUGAUAAGUAUUGAGCAAAUUUUCAUGCAAGGCAAAGUUUGUAUCAUGAACUCAGAGUGGGAUUUCACCAACAAGAGAAAAUAUUUCAUGCUAGGUUCAUUGCAUACACCUCUUAUGUUUACACACCAUCAUGUAGUUGUUUCUGGAUUCACAGAUUUUGUCAAGACAGUCAAUCCUUCCAAAUACCCAGAAGACUUUCUUCUUGCUAGGCUGUGGUUUCUCUCUUUUAAUUGCUCAGAUUCUAAGUCUGACUGUGUAACAUGGGACAAUUGUCCUCAUGAUGCCUCUUUGGAUUGGUUGCCUGGGCACAUUUUUGACAUGACUAUGUCUGGAGAGAGUUACAACGUAUACAACGCUGUGUAUGCUGUGACCCAGGCUUUCCAUGAGCUGCUUCUUCGUCAAACAGAAGUUCAAGCAAUGGAGAAUAGAAAAGAAACAGUUCUUUCCCCUAAACAGCUGCACCCUUUUCUGAAGAACAUCCAGUUUUACAGUUCUACUGGACAUCAAGUGAUUUUGGAUGAGAAAAGCAAAUUGGAUCCCGAGUAUGACAUUGUAAAUAUUUGGAAUUUUCCAGAAGGUCUUGAACUUGCUGUGAAAAUAGGAAAGUUUUCUCCAUAUGCUCUACAUGGCAAUCAACUGUCUUUAUCUGAAGAUAUGGUACAGUGGUCCAUUGGAGCAACAGAGACUCCUCACUCUGUCUGCACUGAGAGUUGUGGUCCUGGAUUCAGGAAAUCUCCUCAGGAAGGAAAAGCUGCCUGUUGCUUUGAUUGUACCCUUUGCCCUGAGAAUGCGAUUGCUAAUGGGACAGAUAUGGACCAGUGUGUGACGUGUCCUGAUCAUCAGUAUGCCAACACAGAAAGAAAUCAGUGUCUCCUCAGAGCUGCAAGUUUCCUGGCUUUUGGAGAUGCCUUGGGCAUGGCUCUGGCCUGCAUUGCUCUUUGCUUCUCUAUGCUAACUGCUGUUGUUCUUGGGAUAUUUGUGAAACACCAAGACACUGCCAUUGUCAAGGCUAAUAACAGGGCUCUCAGCUACAACUUGCUCAUCUCUCUCAUCUUCUGUUUCCUUUGUUCCUUGCUCUUUCUUGGCCGUCCCAACACAAUAACCUGCAUCCUGCAGCAGAUCACAUUUGGAGUUGUCUUCACGGUGGCUGUUUCCACAGUGUUGGCUAAAACAGUGACUGUGGUCCUGGCAUUCAAGGCCACUUCUCCAGGGAGAAGGAUGAGGUGGCUACUUGUAUCUGGGGCUCCAAAAUUCAUCAUACCCAUCUGCACUCUCAUGCAGGUGACUCUGUGUGGACACUGGCUGAGAACCUCUCCUCCCUUCAUUGACACAGAUACACACUCUGAACAUGGCCACAUCAUCAUCUUGUGCAACAAGGGCUCCCUCACUGCCUUCUACUGUGUCCUGGGAUACCUGGGCUCCCUAGCCCUGGCCAGUUUCACUGUGGCUUUCAUAGCCAGAAACCUGCCUGACACCUUCAAUGAAGCCAAGUUUCUGACCUUCAGCAUGCUGGUGUUCUGCAGUGUGUGGAUCACCUUCCUUCCUGUGUACCACAGUGCCAAGGGGAAGGUCAUGGUGGCUGUGGAAGUUUUCUCCAUCUUGGCCUCCGGUGGAGGACUCCUGUGCUGCAUUUUUGUCCCAAAGUGCUAUAUAAUCUUCUUCAUGAGAAAUACAACUUUUCUACAUGGUUUUGGGAUUAAACGACAUAGUAGGAGAAAUAAGCAUUCUUAA